GACCCUCCUUAAGUUGCGUCGCGCCACAGCUGUCUGCGAGCAUUGAGCUGCCUGGCGCCAUCCUGAAAGAAUGCCUUCACUGUAAAAAAGAAAAAAGAGAAAAAAAAAAAAAGGGGGCUGGAGAAAGAGAGCAAGAGAGAGAGAGAGAGAGAGAGGUAGACUAGAGCAAGGGUGAGAGAGUAAGAGCCACACGGAGGAGCGAGCGAGAGAGAGAGAGAGAGAGCGAGAGAGGAGUUAAUGGAGAGGGCUACAACUGCGCACAAACACAGAUUUGAUCAGUGAGUUUAACUUGCUGGUGCUGGUCAGUGCGCAGCGAUCGAGCCCCGCGCGCCCUCGACUCGAACCUCCACUGUACUUGUUGAGCCGGACUCGAACACACGCACAAGACGAGGAAGAAGUUCAGGAACUGUGCGUCGGGCUGCUGGAUUCCAUUUUGGACGUUAUUUAUAUGACAACACCUUUGUUGCAUUUGUGAUGUGGGGUGACCAGAAGCGAGCGCGGAACCUGUGGAUUUAACGAGAAUAAACACGGAUUUGGGACAGACUCUUUCUUCUCUUGUGACGUGCACCGGUUUGCUUCGGCGUGCAUGAACAUUUUCUGAAGAAAAACCCACUCACACACACACACACACACAGAAAAAAAGAAAAAAGGCAAAGCGAUGGAAGUAAGUGCGGAUCAGCCACGAUGGAUGAGCCAUCAUCCCGCGGUGUUGAACGAGCAGCAUCCCGGCUCACACCACCCGGGCCUCGGCCACUCAUACAUGGACCCUUCCCAGUAUCAGCUCGCUGACGAUGUGGAUGUACUGUUUAAUAUCGAUGGACAGGGGAACCACGUCUCUCCAUACUAUGGAAACUCUGUCCGAGCCGUCCAGAGGUACCCUCCUCCUCCUCACAGUAGCCAGGUGUGCCGUCCCUCAUUACUGCACGGCUCCCUGCCCUGGCUGGAGGGGAGCAAAGGCAUCGCCCCGCACCACAGCACUUCUCCCUGGAACCUGAGCCCCUUCCCCAAGAACCCCCUGCACCACGGAUCCCCGGCCAGCCUGUCCGUCUACCCCUCGGCCUCCUCCUCCUCCCUGUCCACCGGCCACUCCAGUCCGCACCUCUUCACGUUUCCCCCGACCCCACCGAAAGACGUGUCCCCGGACCCGGGCUUAUCCACCCCGGGCAGCAGCUCCGGGCGGCAGGAGGACAAAGAGUGCAUAAAGUACCAGGUGACCCUGGCCGAGAGUAUGAAACUGGAGUCAGCUCACAGCCGGAGCGCGUCAGCCUCUGGCCACCAUCACCCCAUCGCCACAUACCCACAAUAUGUCCCCGAAUACGGGCCAGGCCUCUUCCCACCAAGUAGCCUGAUAGGUGGGUCAUCUUCUAGUUAUGGUUCCAAAACAAGACCAAAAACAAGGUCCUGUUCAGAGGGCAGAGAGUGUGUGAACUGCGGGGCCACGUCGACCCCCCUGUGGCGGCGGGACGGUACGGGUCACUAUCUGUGUAACGCCUGCGGACUCUAUCACAAGAUGAACGGGCAGAAUCGCCCCCUCAUCAAGCCCAAGCGGCGGCUGGUACGUCCCCACCACAUUUCUCUGUUGAUGACAUUUCCGUCUCUCUCUCUGUUUUUCCCCUCUCCAGGAAGAAGUAGGCCUAUUAGCUGCAGGAAAUUGACUCGACAAGUGCAGUCUGCAGCCAGGCGGGCAGGGACCUCAUGUGCAAACUGUCAAACGACAACGACGACGCUGUGGCGGAGAAACGCCAACGGGGACCCGGUGUGCAACGCCUGCGGCCUCUACUUCAAACUGCACAAUAUCAACCGACCUCUGACCAUGAAGAAGGAAGGCAUCCAGACCAGGAACCGGAAGAUGUCCAGCAAGUCCAAGAAGAGCAAAAAGUCCCAAGACACCAUGGACGACUUCUCUAAGAGCCUGAUGGACAAGAGCAGCUCCUUCAGCCCGGCCGCCCUCUCCCGCCACAUGUCGUCCUUCCCGCCCUUCUCGCACUCCGGCCACAUGCUGAGCACCCCCACACCCAUGCACCCUUCCUCCGGCCUCCCAUUCGGCCCCCACCACCCCUCCAGUAUGGUCACAGCCAUGGGUUAGACGGACCGGCGCUUCACUUCGCCGCCGCCCCCCCGAACCCUCGGCCCCACCACCACCACCACCACCACCACACCCCUCGGUACCUCUGCUGACCUGCUUCCAUAUCCUCAAAGACAAACAAACUGCUCCACCUAAGCUCCCCUGUCUCACCGCCGAGCCGCGGUGCGAGAGCGACAGGCUUUAGGCUCCUUUGCCCUCAGUUGUAUCUUAUUUUUAUAAAAAUCAAAGCGAUGUGAAUUCUUUGCAGACUUGACUUGACUGCGGCGCACCGACCUCCAGGGGGAAGAUUUCUUUUUUUUCCUCCAACCAGGGAGAGAAAGAACAAUCUCUCCCCAAGCCGCCGCCGCCGCCGCCACCACCACCACCACACCGAGGCUUUCCUCCCAGCUGAUCCACACGAUAAGGAGCUCCAUUUGUGUACAAAAAGCCAUUUUUCCACACUCAAACGUCACAGAAACAGACAUUACAAGGACUUUUUCGACGCCCUCUCCCUUAACUUCCACACCCGCCUCUCCUCACCUUGCACCUGUGUAACAGGAAUCCCCGCUCCCCUUCCUCUUCUUCUUCUCACUCCUCUUCCUCUGCUGAAGACGAGGAGAGACAGACAUUGAAUAUAUUUGUACAAAUUGUAUGAAAUACAGUACAUUUAAUGAAGACUUUUUAAUUAAGUAAGAAAAAAAGGAAAUUUGCCUGUGGGCAGCUAACGACGAGAAGGGUACGAGUCGCAGCAGGUGGAGAGACUUUGCCCGCCGGAGGAGAGAGGAGAGGAGAGGACGCCUCCGAGUCCUGGAGGAGAGAGAGAACGGGAGGAGGAGGUUAGAAGACGAGCGGGAGAGACUUCAGAGAAAGGGCAGGCCUCGCUUUUUGCCUGCGUGAAUUGUGUUGCAUUAAGUUUGCAGAGAGUCAGCAGCUCUGGCUGCAGGCGUCUCGCCUUUUUUUUUUUUUUUGGAUGUGCUAUAGGUCUCGGGCAAUUGGUUUGUGUUGAUGCGUGCACAUACACACACAUACAGACACACACAUGCACACACACACACACACACACACUUGAUCACCUGAAAGACUUUCUUCCUGCCCACAGAUUAUAUGCAUUGUGAAAAAAGUUCCUGUAUUUGUUAUUUGUAUGUAUAAAUCAGAGUACCAAAAAUACGAAAGAAACAAAGAUGUAGAAUUAUUUCCUUAUGUUAUGCAGACUGAAUGGUUGUAAAAAUUUAAUAAUAAUCACUAGUGUAAAAUAUGACUGCUUUUUGUUUCGUAUUUUUUUUCCCUCUUUGAAAAUAAUAAACUAGUUUAAUCUCUGUUGACAUGUUA